AUGGACCUGGACCAGGACGACUUGGGGAGCGCGGCCAAGCGGGGUGACUGGCAGCAGCAGGGGGAGGAGGAUGCACAGGGAGAAGAGGACGCCCGGGUCCAGCAGGAAUGCCUGCAGCAAUUUUCUACCCGGGAUUACAUCAUGGAACCCUCCAUCUUUAACACGCUGAUGAGGUAUUUUAAGGCAGGAGGGUCUCCGGAGGAGGUAAUCCGGCUCUUAGCAGACAACUACACGGCUGCGGCCCAGACCGUCAACCUGCUGGCCCAGUGGCUCAUUCAGACCGGGGUUGAACCACUGCAGGUUCAGGAAACUGUAGAAAAUCACUUGAAGAGUUUGCUGAUGCAACAGUUCGACCCCCGCAAAGCAGAUUCUAUCUUUGCUGAAGGAGAGACUCCUGCUUGGCUUGAACAGAUGAUAACACAUCCCACCUGGAGAGAUCUCAUUUACCAACUGAUUGAAGUGCACCCAGACUGUCUGAUGCUGAACUUCACGGUCAGGCUGAUUUCUGAUGCAGGAUACCAAGGGGAGAUCACUGGCGUGGCAGCAGCCUGCCAGCAGUUGCAAGUGUUUUCUAGAGUCCUCGGGACCUCUCUAGCUAGCCUUUUGGAUGGAGGAGAAGACAAGCUUGCAGAAAAUCUCCCUCAGUUUGCUAAGAUGGUGUGCCACGGGGAGCACACGUACCUGGUGGCCCAGGCCCUGAUGUCCGUGCUGGCCCAGGAAGGGAGGCAGGGCUGGGCCGUACGCAGGAUCGCACAGGAGGUGCAGCGCUUCGCCCAGGAGAGAGGCCACGAUGCCAGUCGGAUCCCGCUCGCACUGGGCACAGCGGCCUCCUACCCCCGCUUGUGUCAGGCCCUUGGGGCCAUGUUUUCCAAGGGGGCCCUCAAUCCGGCCGACAUCACAGUCCUCUUCAACCUGUUCACCAGCGUGGACCCGCCUCCCGUUGAACUCAUCCGGGUGCCGGCGUUCCUGGACCUCUUCAUGGAGUCACUCUUUAAACCAGGGGCCAGGAUCAACCCAGACCACAAGCACAAGUACAUCUAUCUCCUGGCAUACGCAGUGAGCGUGGUGGAGACCUGGAAGAACAACCAGCGUGUGACCAUCAGUCAAGAGGGUCUGAGGUCAACGGCCAAAGCGGUUGAAACUGCUCACAAUGUGUGUUGUGCUGAGAACAAAGGAGCGUCUGAACUCCUGGCAGAGCUGAGCACCCUCUAUAAGUGUAUCAGGUUUCCAGUGGUAGCCAUGGGUGUGCUGAAGUGGGUGGACUGGACCCUAUCGAAGCCCAGCUACUUCCAGCUGCAGCCCCACCACAACCCUGUGCAUCUGGUUCUGCUGGAUGAGAUCAGCACCCGCCACCAGCUAAUGCAUCCCCAGGUCCUGCAGCUGCUGGUGAAGCUCUUGGAGAUGCGGCACGCCCAGCUGGACGCAAUGGAGCAGCUCGAAUUGAAGAAGACCCUGCUGGACAGGAUGGUGCACCUGCUGAGCCUGGGCUACAUGCUCCCCGUGGUCACUUACAUCCGCAAGUGUUUGGAGAAGCAGGACACCGACAUUUCCCUCAUUCGCCACUUUGUGACCGAGGUGCUGGGUAUGAUCGCUCCUCCCUACACCUCUGACUUUGUGCAGCUUUUCCUCCCCAUCCUGGAAAACAACAGCAUCGCCGGCACCAUUCAAGCAGAAGGUGAACAGGACCCUGUGACGGAGUUUCUAGCUCACUGCCAGUCUAAUUUCAUGCUGGUGGACUGA